AUGAGGAAAUAUGGCAUUCACCACAAGCUAUCUACUCCUUACCACCCUCAAUCAAAUGGUCAGGCGGAAGUCUCAAAUAGGGAAAUCAAUGUUAUUCUAGAGAAAACAUUUAACCCAUCAAGAAAGGACUGGAGUAAACGACUCAACGAUGCUUUAUGGGCUUAUCAAAAUGCAUUCAAAACUCCCAUUGGAAUGUCGCCCUACAGGCUUAUAUUUGGCAAGAUGUGCCACCUCCCUGUCGGCGUUGAACAUAAGGCUUAUUGGGCAGUCAAGGAGAUGAAUAUGAAGCUCCAGGCCUAUGAAGAGGAUAGAAAGCUUCAAUUGCAAGAGUUGGAGGAACUUAGACUUGAGUCGUAUGACGCUGCGAUGUGGGAUAGUUCAGAGAUGUGCGUGGUGGAGGAAACUCCACUACGCAUGCUCUCCAAUAUUGCCUAA